AUGCCUUCAAGAAUACCGGAAGGGUCCGACAGCCUGGUUGGCUCAGCCAAUAUCAUCUCAAGAUUCCUAGCACUGGAGCAAAUCUACAGCGCCAAAGACCUCGACACAUACCUCCAAACUCUCAAACAAGAAAGCACAGAUACAUCGACGGAUGUGAUCGUCUUGUGUGCCUCGGCAAUCUUGGCGAUCCCUGAAGCUGUAUUCGAAUGGACGGUCCAACAGAAAGACUACAGAAAAAACACUGUCUUGGUCCUCUGUGGUGGGAUUGGACCUUGCACACCUUUUGUUUAUGACGCUAUUCAAGCUAGCAAGAAGUAUGCGCCGAUCUUUGAUGAGAUCGAUGGAAAGCCGGAAGGGCAGGUGUUGGGUAUUAUGGCCGAACGGCUUUACCGGUUGAAGAUCAGCGAAACACUAAAAGAUGAUGGUGGUUUCGAUAUCUUGGUCGUGGACCGUUCAACAAACUGUGGAGCUGAUGCACAAGAAACUCGGAAGGUCUUGGACGCCUACAAUAUUCGAGCGCCGAAAUCUAUCACCGUGGUACAAGAUCCUGCUAUGAGCAGUCGGACUGUGUCAUCCUUUGAAAAGGUUUACAACGACCAGGAGGCGCAGAUUUCAAGUUGGCCGCAAAGGGGAUCAGACCAAACAACAAACCGAGUUGGCGAUGAUAAUUCCGGACAACUUUGGUCUAUGAAUCGCUUCCUAGACAGGAUCAUGGGCGAUACUACACAUGCGCAACGGGGAACUAAUAAGGGUACGGGGAAUAACUUUGAUAUUCCAAAUGAGGUGGAGAAUGCUUGGUCUACUAUUUUGGGAGAAGACAAGAUGAAGAUGUCGAGCUAA